AUGUCGAACCUCUCAGGUUCGCGUUCGUCAGUCCCUCCCCCUCCUCCGCCUCCGCCCAAGUACUCGAACCGCGCCGCCAAUGCCUUAGCUCGCUUCGCCCAACCGUUCUUCUCGGGCUCCAGGCCACCUAGCCCUCAAAGCAGUCGCGCGGAUGGGACCCGGUCAAUCAGGUCUAAAUCACUUCCAGGAGAACCGCAGACCGUCACUCAUAAAACCGGUAUCGCCAUUUCCGCCUUGGACAUCUCACCCGACCGGACACAUGCGGUCAUCGGCGGCAAGGAGAUCCUCAAGACCAUUCGAGUCUCGCCAGAUCACUCUUCAGAGGAGUUCAAUAUUCGCAAUGCGGUCAUUAGCUAUGCGUCCACCCACCAUAACACGGGCGUCUCAAUGCCACACAAAGACCAAUUGAAUGUCAACGAUGUGAAAUGGUCACAUGGCAAUCAUGACCGGAUAAUCGCAACUGCAGUCGCCAAUGGUCGGAUUGUCGUUUACGACCUACAGCGGCCCGGCCUCCAAUUAUGUCGCUUCCAGGGGCACAAUCGUCAGGUUCACAAGCUCGCCUUUAACCCCCAUCUUCCUUCUUGGCUUCUGUCUGGGAGCCAAGAUGGCACAAUUCGAAUGUGGGAUUUGCGCACCGCGUCUGCGAAUAGGGGCACUUCCACAUGCGGCAGCAAGCAUUCGUACCAGGGCAAUAGUGAUUCCAUCCGAGACGUCCGGUGGUCCCCCACAGAUGGGGUUAUUUUCGCGACCGCUUCGGACAGCGGCGCCAUCCAGAUGUGGGAUUAUCGCAAAGUGAAUGCCCCGCUGAUGAGAAUUGCCGCCCACGAUCGCCCGUGUUUCGCCGUCGACUGGCACCCGGAUGGGAAGCAUGUUGUCAGCGGUGGCACGGACCGCCAGGUCAAAGUCUGGGAUUUCUCUUCGUCUGCAGAGCGACGGCAGAAACCUGCGUUUCAGUUCCGAACACCCCAGGCGGUCACCAAUGUGCGAUGGCGACCUCCUUCCUGGGUAGGCGAGUCGCCUGCUUCGGGAGAAUGGCAAUCAUCACAGGUCGUUACCUCUUACGAUAAGGAAGAUCCACGUGUUCACCUCUGGGAUCUGCGCCGUCCGCAUGUUCCAUUCCGCGAGUUUGAUCGGUACGACGACCCAGCGACCGAUCUGCUUUGGCGCUCGAAAGAUCUGCUGUGGACAGUGGGCGAGGCUGGUGCCUUUACGCAAACCGAUGUUCGAUAUGCGCCAACUGUGGUCACUCGCCGACCGAUGUGCUCGGUAGCGUGGAGCCCCAAUGGAGACUUUGUGGCAUUUGGCCAGCCACGACCUAGACGGCGCGCCCGGGGCGUUAAUGUUGCUGAAUUACUUCACCUCGAGGAAGGGGUGGAUGAGAGCGAGGAGAAAUCCUUGAAUCAAAGCCCCGCAGAGGAUACUUUCGACGAAGCUGUUCUUGCGUCCUCGCUUCGGCCAGCACAGUCAAAAUCAGCUGCGAUUCGACCCUCCAAGUCUUUGGGCAGUACUCCGCCUGUAGCCGUGGAUUUGAUUCCAGUGCUCCCCUUGGACGAAGGCCUUGCCAAGAUUAUGACCGCGGGACCUAGUCAGGUUGGAAUGAUCGCCAAUAUCCCAGGUGCCACCAAUGAUCAAACAGUUUUCCGGUAUCUGGCAAGCCAUUACACCUCGCUCAUGGAUGAGAAUCGUGAAUCAAAAUCCCAUGUCGAGACUUUGAACUCUUUAAUCGAGUCUCUAGAUCAUAAUGCCGAGUGUGCAGAUGAGCUAUCUUUAGACAAGUUGGCUCAGACAUGGAGGAUUGUCAGAUUCGCCAUUAUUGAAGAGCUACAACGAAGAACCAGGGAGAAUCCGACCAAAGGCUCUCUCAAAGACAGAUCAUCCAAGGACGGAUCGUUGACUGACAGAUCCAGAAUUGAAGAUGGCCGACAGGACAGGGUCAAGAGCCGACUGUUUAAAGGAGUCAUGGAAGCGGUCCCUGAGUCUGAGAGCACCUCCAACAUGACUACACCGCUUGCACAACCAUUGCCUGACUCCCCAAAAGACUCAUGGUCUAGUACCGAUUCCCAAAUUGCUUCUCAACUUCCCUCGUUAAGUGAUGGUGCAAUCGACCUUGACCCAUUGCCGCCAUCGGUUCUGAGCGACCAGAACGGCUGGGCCAUGUCUGAUCCCGAUACUCGCCACCGAGCCCUCCCACGAGGACGAGUAUCACCACUGGAUGAUACACAGGCUUCUGAUCGGCUCAGAGAUCCAUCUCGAGAUGACAUGGACGGCGAUCAACGAUCUGCACCGCGGGCAAUCGCCGGUAAAGCAGAAUGGCGCCGGCGAGGGCAUCCUGAGUUUCCUCGAGAAAACUCCGAGGAUGAUUUUGAUCAAAAUAUCGAGGACAAGCGAGCCGCGAUUCGUGAUUACAAGAAUUAUCCGAAGAAGCCUUUAACUCUUGAAUCGCCAAUGGAAUCUAAUCGCCCCCCAGCCGUUGAACGCUAUGGCCGUCGUGACUCUUCAGAGAGCUUUCCAAUGUUCUCUACCUCUACAGACAGCUCUCAUCCUUCGAAGUCCGCGGGUGCGUCGUAUUCAUCUACCGGACAAUUCGAUCCCUCUAAGUUCCAAGAUACUGCGCAAUCCGCCAUUCGGACCAACGGAUUGAGGCGAGAAUCAAACCUGGCCUCCACUCGGGAGGAACCAGAAGAUGAGAUACCAGACGAGGUAUCCAUGGAAAUGGAACGACUUCACUUGGAGCGCCCAUCUAGCCCUCCGCCGUUGAUCAAAGAAUCAACGCCGCUUGAUGCACAAGUAGACCACUUCCCCACAGAGGGUGCUCCCUACAUGAGCAGCAUCCCCAACUCUACAAUUGAUGGAAUCUCGCGGGUUCAAAUACCACUUUCUUCGGAUGGCAAAGAUCUAAAGCCGUGGGGCGUUGAGGCUAUUUUGCAAGAGGCAGUUCGAUACUACCACAGCAGCAGUAGCUCUGUAGAUAUACAGACUGCUGCCCAUCUGCUUCAAAAGCUUCAUAUUCUGUUCCAAGACUGCGAGGAAAUUCUCCCCUAUGAGGAGUGCGAGAUGGUGUUCAAGACUUACAAUGAGCACUUGAUUCGGCAUUCGAUGGAUCUAGAGGCAGCGGAGCUCCGUUUGUCUUGCGUCUCGACGUACCCAGCCGUCUAUGAUUACGCCCAAUCAGAUUCCUUCAUCAACGUUUACUGCUACACCUGCCAACGACCAUUUGAGAACCCAACACAAGACAACACGCGGUGCCAUCGGUGCAGCACGCCACAAGCAGCAUGUUCCAUCUGUAUGAGCCUUGACCCACCCCCAGAGUGGGUAGCAGGCCAGCAGUUGCCACAAAGCACAUCAUCCACCCUCACCAGUCCCGACCCAGACACCGGUGGCGGUGUAAGCUUUUCAUCGCAAUCCUCCGUUCCCACCGAACCAGUUCCCGCCUCGGAGAUUCAAGACCUUGAGCCCUUCACCGCACCUCGACUCCAAGGCUCCGCCCUCUGGACCUGGUGCCAAGGCUGCGGCCACGGCGGUCAUCUAGCUUGUAUCACAACCUGGCUAGGCGACAUCUCAAUCAGCGAAGGCGGGUGUGCCACAGCUGGCUGCUCGCAUGACUGUGGGCCCGGUCCACGUCGCGAUUCCAACCGCCAAGCCCUGCAAGCUGAAUCCAAGCGUCGUGACUCUUCAAGUCGCUCUGCCGGCGCCGGCCUCGUCAAACGUGACCCGUGGACAAAGGGUGAAAGCAAAGCCGUUGAGAAGGUCCGCGGCAUGCUCGGUGUAGCUGGCGUGGCCGCCGCUUCCGGUGGUAGCGGUGCUGGUCCUAUCACUUCUACGAAUAAUAGCGGUUCCUCCCCGGCACCCGUCUCACCGGGCGCUAUGUCGCCCAAGCGCGUGCGCCUGGUUACGCCGAAUGAGCAGGAAGAACAAAAUGACGCAUUCUUGAGAACGGCUGCUCCUUGA